AUGGAGAAACUUUCAUCAGAGAGUGAGGUGGAAGACAGUGGAGCAUUAGAGAAAUCAGAGAGUGAGGUGGAAGACAGUGGAGCAGUGGAGAAACUUUCAUCAGAGAGUGAGGUGGAAGACAGUGGAGCAUUAGAGAAAUCAGAGAGUGAGUGGAGCGUUAGAGAAAUCAGUGAUGUGGAAGACAGUGGAGCAGUGGAGAAAUCAGAGAGUGAGGUGGAAGACAGUGAAGCAGUGGAGAAAUCAGAGAGCGAUGUGGAAGACAGUGGAGCAGUGAAGAAAUCAGAGAGUGAGGUGGAUGACAGUGAAGCAGCGGAGAAAUCAGAGAGUGAUGUGGAAGACAGUGAAGCAGUGGAGAAAUCAGAGAGUGAUGUGGAAGACAGUGGAGCAGUGAAGAGAACAGAGAUGGAGAAAUCAGAGAGUGAUGUGGAAGACAGUGAAGCAGUGGAGAAAUCAGAGAGCGAUGUGGAAGACAGUGGAUCAGCGGAGAAAUCAGAGAGUGAUGUGGAAGACAGUGAAGCAGUGGAGAAAUCAGAGAGUGAGGUGGAAGACAGUGAAGCAGUGGAGAAAUCAGAGAGUGAUGUGGAAGACAGUGGAGCAGUGGAGAAAUCAGAGAGUGAUGUGGAAGACAGUGGAUCAGCGAAGAAAUCAGAGAGUGAUGUGGAAGACAGUGAAGCAGUGGAGAAAUCAGAGAGUGAUGUGGAAGACAGUGAAGCAGUGGAGAAAUCAGAGAGUGAUGUGGAAGACAGUGAAGCAGUGGAGAAAUCAGAGAGCGAUGUGGAAAACAGUGGAGCAGUGGAGAAAUCAGAGAGUGAGGUGGAAGAUCACAAAAGAUGGAUGCAAAAGCAGCAAAGGUAA